AUGGUUAAACCACCGUCAAAAUCCAUUGUUGAAAAGGGAAAGUCAACAGAUACAAGAGUCUCAAUUGCGGCAAGCAUCCAACGACGAACCAGUACCACUACUAAUCCUACUCGUCGACGAACGAUUGGUAUUGUGGUAAACGACAAUAAUCAUAGUGGAACGAACAAAGAUGAUAUCUUAGACAAUACAUCUAUAGCUCCAUCUCAUAGUGACAUGAGUGGUGAUGAUGCUAAUGAAUUCGAACAAUCUACUACCGUGCAAAAAAACACUUCACCACGUACACGACCGUCUCUUGUGAAGGAAUUUGCUGAAAAAUUGUCACCAAAUGAAUAUCAAUGCAGAUUAUGUUCGAAAAUUUACCGAUGUGGUGCUGGAACGAAUGCAAAUAUCCGUCGACAUUUAGCAAACGUUCACGGGAAGACUGAAUUAUAUUCCAAAAGUCAGAUACCAACUCCUCCAGAUUCGAUUGCCCCGGCAAGAAAAAAUAAGUUAGAUGAAGCUGCUAUUAAAGCAAUUAUAAUUGAUUCUCGCUCCUUUGGAGAUUUUCGUCGUGCUGGUAUGCAAUCUUUUCUUCGAAUUGCAACACCCGGCUAUCAUGGUCCUACUGCUCGAACAGUGCAACGAAGUUUAAAAAAAUUAUACGAUGAAAAGAAAAAAGCACUGAUAGAGCAACUUGCCAAUAUUCCGUGCGUAUCUAUUACAGCUGACACAUGGUGCAGCAGUCGAAAACACCAUUAUUUAUGUGUAACGGUGCAUUUUAUAUCACAAAAUUAUGAACAACAUGGAACAGUUUUGAGUUUUCGUCGAUUCCAUGGUAGAAGUUUUGCUAUACGACUUCGACGUCAUAUCUACACCGUAUUGGGAAUGUUUGGUCUUGAAAAAGGUAAAGUGCAUGGGACAACAACCGAUAAUGGCAGUGAUAUGCGCAAGGCAACUCAAUAUAUGAAAGUGUUUGGCGUUCGUUUGCACUGUACUGCUCAUGGAUUGAAUCUAGUUGUUCAAAAAUCUCUCAAUCUGUGGCCAAAAACAGAGUCGACGACUAAUGACGAUUCUUCUGCAUCAGCAGCCACGACCAACGAAUCCAAUGACGAAGAAUAUAUAUAUUCUGAAGGGAGUUCUGAUGAUGGGUCUGUCAGUGAAAGACACCCGAGUUCUGGUUCUAAUGAUCGAGAUACUGAUGGUGAAGAAACUGAUGAUACGGGAAAUCUUAACAGUGAUGAUGAUUCUUCGCGAUCAGAAGAUGAGGAUGCUGCAGUGCUGGAUGUACAAGAUAUAGGUGCUCUGAUGGUAAAAUGUCGAAAACUGAUUAAUACGAUCCGCAAAUCAAGCAUUUUAAACAAUGCCUUACUCGGUUUACGAGGAGAUUUGAUUUCCGUUGAACUGGUCACGGACAUGAGAAUACGUUGGAAUUCAACAUAUAAAAUGAUUCAACGACUUCUACUCUAUCAACACGUUCUGGGUGUCUUUUAUGACAAUCUCGAUAUACUUGAUGGUGUUACGUCCAAGCAACGAAAGAAACUUGCCGAAUUCAAACUGUCAAAUUCCGACUGGAAUCUGUUACUGUCAAUGCGCGGAAUUCUUGAACGAUUCAAUGACGCGACAGAAAUUUUGUCCGGAAGAUCAUAUCCAACGUUAUCGUUAGCUUAUCCCGUAAUCUACUCACUCUAUAAGUAUUUAUGUCAUGAUUCCGGUGAUACGACUGAGAAUACUGUGAAACAGAUCAUGCUCGAGAAUUUUAACAAGUAUAUUUUGCCAAUUCCGGACUCAAAGCAAGCUGGUAUAUUGUUUAGUUCAGCGUUCUUAGAUCCACUUGUUCAUGAAACAUUGUUGCCAGAACACAAAUCAAAGGCGGAGAAAUUCCUUGUUAAUGAAGUUAAAAAAUAUCAAAAAGCAAAUUCGACUACUGAAAAUGUUUCUCAAAGUGGUUUAACGUCAGCAGCAUCACAAUCAACAUCCUCUAAAAGUAGCAUCAUGUUAAAAAAGUUUUUAACAAAAUGUGGCGUGAAUUCAACUGCAGAUGCUGGUGGUCAGUGUCGUGCUCUAACUAUUCAACAAGAACUUGCACGAAUGGUAUCUUUGUCUAAGGAAGACGGAUGUUUCUCGACAUUUUGGCAAAAACACGAAACGACUAUGCCAAUGUUAGCUGUUCAAGCAAAGAAACUUUUGGCAAUAUCUGCAACAAGCGUUCCGAGCGAAAGUGCUUUUUCGGUAUCAAACUACGUUUUACGCAAGAAUCGCUUGUCCUUAACAUCGAAGAACCUUAAGUAUUGCAUGUUUUUGAAAGAUAAACUUGACUUCUAA